AUGCCUAAGGACGUGGUAGUUUCUGGUUACAACGAGAUCACUAUCAAUAAGUGGGAUGUCAAUGCGGCAAAGCAUGCCCUAGAUGAUACGAUAAAGGAGAUAAUGAAGUCACAUUAUGGGCUACGUGAGAAUUUUCGUCUUAUUGACAUCAGGCUUAUGUUAUGCACUGCCUCUGUGCUAUUCACUUUUAUUGCAUUAGUUUAUGAUUACCUGUGCCCGUACCCAGAGUCUCGUCAUGUCCUCAUCGUUUGCAUUGUGUCAUAUUUUAUUAAUACCUCAAUUCUCUCUUGGCACGCAUACUUUGUUGAAGGAUACAUAUUCUUUGUUGGGAUUCAGCCAGACAAAGCGGGUCUUGACCCUCCGAAUAAAUGGACCUUUGCAUCUCAAAUCAAAAAGUACAGUCCGGACUAUCGUCUAACCCUCUCUUUCCUCGAUGGAAUCACUAACAAUCAAUCAACAGUUGAAGCUAUUAAAACAAUAGACUGCUUUUUUGAUGAGAAGGGUAAAUUGUGUAGCGCCCAGCUCGAAUCCUUCAUACUAAAUAUUUGCAAGGACAUUACCUCAAAAAAGGAGCAGUGA